AUGGGUGACUCCAAAAUGGCAUCUCCUGUGGCCGACGUUGUCGAUGAUCAUGGCGCCAAUAUCAUCCGGGUUCAAAAUGCAGAUGAGCUGCGUUUGGCGCAGAUGGGAUUGGGACUGGGUUUGAUCACCUCGAUCAACGCCGGUGGACCUGGCGCUUUAAUCUACGGGUUCAUCCUCGUCUUCAUCCUGCAAUGCUUUCUGGCUACCUCCCUGGCUGAAUUUGUGUCUGCAUACCCGGUCGAAGGUGGCAUGUACCAUUGGAUUGCUGCAAUUGCCCCGAAACGAUACAACAGCAUUCUGAGCUUCGCGACGGGUUGGAGCACAGUGUUCGGAUGGAUAUUCACAACCGCAUCGACCAAUUUGAUCUACGCGACCAACUUCAUGGCCUUGAUUGCGCUGUACAAGACGGACCUCGUGAUCCAGCCAUGGAUGACCUUCGUUGCGUACCAGGGUUUCAACAUUUUGACAGGGGGAACAGUCAUGUUCGGGAAUCGUUUUAUUCCACUUAUCAACAAGUUUUCCUUUGCGCAAGUAUGCUAUCUCCAACUGGCCUGGUUCGUCAUCAUGGUCACCGUUGCUGCCGCAGCUCCCAAGCAUAACGACAGCGAGUUCGUUUUCAGAACGUGGAUGAAUAACACCGGCUGGGAGAACAAUGUGAUUUGCUUCAUCACAGGACUGGUGAACCCGCUAUAUUCUCUUGGUGGACUGGAUGGCAUAACGCACAUCACGGAGGAAAUGCCAAACCCUGGACGAAACGCUCCUUUGGCCCUCGGUGAGCUCUUUCCCUCGUUGCAACCCCUGACCUUACAACUAAUGAGUCGAAUAGCCUGCACGCUUGGCAUCGCCUUCGUGACCGGGCUUACCUACCUGCUCAGCCUCAUGUACUCCGUCCAAGACUACUCCAGUCUCGCAUCAACCCAGACAGGCCUCCCACUGGCAGAGAUCUUCCGCCAGGCGACUCAAACUCGCGGUGGUGCCUUUGCCUUGACCUUCAUGCUGUGGGUCGCUCUGGGCCCAUGCAUGCUCGGCUCUCAGCUAAGUACCGGUCGAGUUUUCUGGGCUUUCGCUCGAGACGGCGGCCUCCCUUUUUCGAGAAUCUGGGCAAAAGUCAACCCCCACUUCGAAACCCCAUUUAACGCCCAGCUAUGCGUGGGCAUUAUCACUGCCCUGCUGGGCUGUAUCUAUCUCGGUUCUAGCACCGCCUUCAACGCCAUGAUGAGCUCCGCAGUGACGAUCAACAACCUAGCCUACCUCGUUCCCAUCCUCACCAACGUCCUUGUGGGGCGCCGGACAAUGCACCACGGUCCGUUUUACCUGGGUCAUGCGCCCGGUAUGGCUGUGAACAUCAUUACCGUUGCAUGGCUGGUGUUCGCCAUUGUGUUUUUCUCCUUUCCGUAUUAUAUGCCAGUCACUGCGGCGAAUAUGAAUUACACUUGUGUCUGUGUUGGUGGAUUCCUGCUCAUCGCGUUGCUCUGGUGGGUUGUUGCGGGGGACAAGUACUCGAAGAAUAUGCAGAAGGCGCGCGAGGAGGAGCAGAAUGCUGCUCGUGCUAUGAUGGUUACUCACGAGGGAAAGGAGUAG